CGGGCCCCGCUCAGCUGCGGGCCCGUGGGCGUGGCGAGCCAGCAGGGGUUCUCUUUUCCUCCGGGCCCCGGCGGCUUUCGGUUUCAUUUCCCACUGGCGCCGCCACCGCUCAGCAUCCGCCCGGCCAGCGGCCGCUCCGACGGGCAGUGCGACCCCAUCGCGGCCGCCGCCGCCUCCGCCAUGGCCCUGGCCGCAGCCGUCGCCGAGGUGACCCAGGUGCUGUGCGCGGCCGGGGGCGCCCUGGAGACGGAGGAGCUGCGGCGCCGCCUGCGAGACGGCUUCGGCGCCGGCAAGCUGGAGCGGCUGCUGCGGGAGGGCCGGCGCUUCGCAGUGGCGACGCGGGCGAGGGGCGCGGCCGCGGCCGCGGGCUCCGAGCGGGUGGUGCUGGCCGUCUCGGCGCUGCGCCUGUGUCGCGGCCACCAGGGCCUGAAGCCCACCUGCCUGGGGCUCUGCGGGGAGCUGCACUUCUGCAAGUUCAUGGUCCUGGGGGCCUGCAAGUUCCUCAAGACCGGGAAGAACUGUAAGAACAGUCACAGCUUGACAACGGACCACAACAUGAGUGUGCUGAAAACUCACGGUGUUGACCACCUCAGCUACAGUGAGCUCUGCCAGCUUUUGUUGCAGAAUGAUCCCUGGCUUUUGCCAGAGGUAAAAGUCCUGAUCUGCCUUCACUACAACAAAGGAGAUGGACUCCACGGCUCUUGUGCCUUUCAGACGAAAUGUAGCAAACUCCAUGUCUGCCAGUAUUUUUUACAGGGUGAAUGCAAAUUUGGCACAGGCUGUAAGAGAUCUCAUAAUCUGUCUAAUUUUGAGACUCUGGAAAAACUACAGAAGUUAGGCAUGAGCUCAGACCUGAUACAAAGGCUGCCUUCCAUUUACAGAAAUGCUCAUGACAUCAAGAAUAGGAGCUCUGUCCCAGGCCCACAGAGGACUUCUGAGAGAAGAGACAGUUCAGGUUCUGUGUCCUCAGCCAUUACUAACCAGGAAGAGAAUGAUCAGAUCUGCUUGUUUCAUAUCUGGAAAAGUUGCAGCUUUCAAGAUAAGUGCUCUAAAGUUCAUUUCCAUUUGCCUUAUCGAUGGCAAUUCUUGGAUGGAAGCAGGUGGAAGGAUUUGGACAAAAUGGAGCUUAUUGAAGAGGCAUAUAGCAAUCCUAAUAAAGAGAGGGUCCUGUGUGCUGUUUUGGGCAAUACCUUUCACACCGAGUAUCUGAAUUUUAAGUCUAUGAAGUUCGGCACUGCUCAGGCCCGCCGUCUCUCCACAGCCUCCUCCGUCACCAAACCUCCACACUAUAUCCUCACCACCGAGUGGAUUUGGUACUGGAUUGAUGACUUUGGUUUUUGGCAGCAAUAUGGAAAACAAGGCACGGAGCACCCCACGACUACAGUUAGCAGCAGCGAUGUGGAGAAGGCCUACCUGGCAUACUGUGCAUCAGGGUCUGACACCCAGGCAGCCAUUCUCAAGUUCGAGGCUGGAAAACACAAAUACGAAUUAGACUUCAGAGAUUUUAUUCAGAAAAACCUGGCCUUUGGCACAUCGAGGAAGGUUUGUCGAAGACCCAAAUACAUAUCUCCUCAGGAUGUGAAGGUGAAGCAAGCCAGCAAUGUCAAGUUUCAAGGCCCAAAGAACAUCCCAGACCAUUGGGACCCCUCAGCCCUGGCAGACUCUGACUUUAAGCUGGUCACCCUCAGUUCUUCCUCAGAAGAAUAUCAGAAGGUCUACAAUCUCUUUAACCGUACUCUGCCCUACUAUGUUCAGAAGAUCGAGCGUGUCCAGAACCUGGCCCUCUGGGAAGUCUACCAGUGGCAGAAAGGGCAGAUGCAAAAGAAAAAUGGAGGGAAAAUGGUAGAUGAGAGACAGCUGUUCCAUGGCACCGAUGACAGUUUCGUCGACGCCAUCUGCCAGCAGAACUUUGACUGGCGGAUCUGUGGUCUUCAUGGCACUAACUAUGGCAAAGGGAGCUACUUUGCCCGAGAUGCUGCGUAUUCCCACCACUACAGCAAAUCCAACUCGAAGUUCUCCAUGAUGUUCCUGGCUCGGGUGCUGGUGGGCGAGUUCACCCGAGGCAACGCCUCCUUUCUCCGCCCCCCAGCCAAGGAGGGCCAGGGCAACGUCUUCUACGACAGCUGUGUGAACAGCAUGUCCGACCCUUCUAUCUUUGUGAUCUUUGAGAAGCACCAGAUUUACCCAGAGUACAUCAUCCAGUACACUUCCAAGCCUGCGGCCAGGGCCGCCCCGCAGCCUGCAGUCGGGGCCGCCCCGCAGCCUGCAGCCGGGGCCUCUAGCCUUUUUUCCUUGGCGUCUCUCUUUGGUAUCCGGCAGUGAGCAAAGGAUUUCCAGCUUGUUGUCCUUGAAAUUGCUUUUUUUUCCCCUUAACAAAAAUACUUUUAAUGAACUGUUUAAUGUUGACUUCUUGAUGAAGUUAGUCUUAAUCUCUUGCUGACAGUAGUUUUGGGUUUUAAGAUACUUUUGAGCUCAGUAGUGGGCUGACCAGUAGUGACUGUAUGUAGGUGAGCCCAUUAUUGCUUUUUACUAGGGUGUUGUUUUAUUUUUUACUCUCUUUGUCGGCUUUGCUACUGAUUGGCACCAGGUACAGAGUUUCCAGAUACUAUUUUAUGGAUUGGUUUUAAUUUUUAAUUUCUGUCUCCGGUGACCUGGUUUUUCAGCGUCUUAGUGGCAUCUUGGUUCUAUUUUUUGUCAGAAUGCCACAGUAGCUUGGGGUUCAGGAAAACCUGUUUUGUGGGCCAAGGAGGUAUAGUCAUUGUGUCUGUUGCUCUGGCUCUAAUCUCAGCAGCUCUUCUGCUUCUCCUGGGCCUCUGGCAUUGAAAUUGCUCCACAUACUACGUUAACAGACAGGUGGCUACUGUGGGGUGUCAUUGAGCCCCUGACGGUUACCUUUGGUCAUGGGCCCAGCCCGUGAAUGUUCCUCCCAGCAUCUCCUAAGUGCACUGGACACCCUCCACUUACGGGUUUUAUGUCUUCCUGGGAUUUGAAUACCUGUGCUGCAAUUGUCAUGGUAGAGUAUGGAAAUAAAAUAAUGUUUAUCUCA